UGCAAUUAUUUCUCUGCCUUAUUUCGGAAACCGUGUUAGUUUAAUAAUUGCACAUUGACUGUACAGUUUAGUGAACAGCGUGCAAACCGGGAAGGCUUGUCUGGGACUGUAUGCCUCUUGCAGCAUCGUUGUUGUUGUGAAAUCUAAAAAGAGGCUUGUGGGAUCAUUAAACCACUUAAAGAAAGCAGACCAGAGUCCAGACCUGUCAAAAAUACACCGCGAAGGGAAACACACAGCUGCAUCUCGUCAUUUGCGUAUUUAUUUUCUAUAUUUAUAUUUAUACUUAAAAAGGAUAUUCAGGUAUUAGUAUUGCAGAACUGGAUAUGCCUACAACAACUGCUUCUGUGUUUGAUAUUUCAAGGACAAUGUUGGCUCCCGAAGAUGGCAAUCGUGCCCACAUUCACACAGGACAGUGCAGUCCAGUGACUUCCCCUUCGCUGGGCAGCCUGCAGAUAACAGAGGGCAACGGCACCAGCAUUGGCACAGUCAUCUCCUUCCAGUGUUCCUCCAGGCACAGGCUGCUGGGAGACGGGUUCAUUUCUUGUGUCUGGAAAAGCAACAGCACGCAGUGGACAGGGAGCACACCAACCUGCAAACCUAUUUUGAUAUUUGAGGAUUUUGGAUUCAAAGUGGCGGUGAUUGCUUCCAUUGUCAGCUGUGCUAUAAUUCUCCUGAUGUCUUUGGCAUUUCUAACCUGCUGUUUCAUCAAGUGCAUUAAGAAGGGGGAGAGAAAGAGGACUGAAAGGGAGGUGCAGCCGUGGUAUCAGACAGACUGUGACGAGCUGCAGGAUAUGAGGGCCACUUACUACGGGCAUAAAGGACGAAACAACAACAACAACAACAGUAAGACAGGAGACCAGAGGAACACAGGGUAUGACAAACAGGGCUACUGCAGGUGCCACGAGCACUCCAAGAACAUCUCCAUCCCAGCAUGCUGCAGUGAACACAGCCUGUCUGUCGUUUUUAAGCCACAGAAGAAAGAAAUCCCGAGCAAGUACAGGUUAUCGGAAUGCAGUGUUUCAGCUGUCAGUGGGCCUCACGCGGCCGCAGUCUGUGAGCACAGCCGAGAGCCACAGGGCAGGCUGCAGGAGCACGUCUUCCAUGGCUUUUCUGUGUAAGAUGGGGCACAAACUGGACCUCCACGUGCCUUAAUAACAAUUGCCUAAAUGAAUGUGAGAUUUACGAAGAAGAGAUGUUUGCACUUCUACUCUGCAGAGACCGCCGUUAGCCAAUAUGUUGAACUUUUUCGAAACAUUUGAAAGUUUCUUAUUAGAACACAAUCGAUCAAUGCACAGCCAAUGGCUUUUUUUUCCCCCCCAAGAGAUUGUGAACUAGAUUGUCAAAUGAUGGAUACGACUGCUUCUAGGUUAUGGGUGGAGCAUAAGUGUCUUGAAAUGAAGUUGAAAAAAACAGACAUAUUGAGGCACUGAAUUAAAACUGGUUGUUUUUCUUAACAUGCUCAAAUCUAUUCCAUUGAAAACUGCUUCUAAAAGGUCACUAAAAGAGCUAUGAGUGGAGCUGAUUUGUAAAGUAGUUAGUAUGGGCUUCUACCUGUUUUUACAAAACUGCAUUCAAGAUAAAAAGUAUCCAACAAAGCCUUUCCGGACUGUUUGGACUGGUUUACACUCGGAAAGUGAAAAUGUUUUCAGCUGUUGAUUGUUUGUAAUAUUUACAUCAAUAAAUUUGCGA